AUGAAUCUUAGGGUGAAGACUAGGAAGAAGGGGCCGACCGGACGGUCCACCCCCGGCCCCUCCUCAGGCAUUGUUCAGGGCGUGUCCACCCGAGAGUGGUUGCUCGAGGUCACCGACGACGGCAUGUUCAUCAACCUCAUGCGGACGUACUUCUCCACGAUUGGCGACUCGGCGCACCCGAACCACCCGGACCCGCGAGUUCGCGCAAUCACCAACUUCCAGGAGUUGCUUGUCGUCGCCUUCCGCGAGUUCAACGUCAUUACCGACGACACGAUCGUAACUGAGCGCCGCAGGCUUCGCGCUAUCAUCGCGGAUGAGAUUGAGAAGUUCUCGAAGCGUGCUGCUGUGCGCAACCUGAAGAACGUUGGCCGCUUCAACAAGGAGCAGGUUGGCAUCAUCUACGACCACUACUUCCGCGCGGUUUGCUCGCCCGAGGCUGGCCCCAUCGGACCCGUCCCUGCUCCUGCACCGGGAGAGGUCGAGCAGGCGCGUAUCACGGUUGACGCGCAGGGUCGUGUCGAGACGCGCAUCGAUCUCCGUGGUUUCAAGGUGCUCCUCGCUGGUGUCUGCACGUGGGCGCGCGAGGAGACCGUCACAACCAAUGCCUUCAUCCAGCGCACAGAACGUCGUGUCGCAGACGGCGAGAUCAUCGACCGCCUGUUCUACUCGUGGGACACGCAGAAGCUCGGCACGCUGUCGCUGCAGGACGUCGUCGAGGGACUUGACCGCGUCAUGUCCGCCGGUCUCAUGGAGUCGAGUUGCUGGGCGCAGGAGAGCGCACCGAGUUGGCUGAGGUCUCCGACCACAGUCUCAGCCCCGCAGGUUGCUCUCCGUCCCGGCUCGCUGACCACCUUUACCGCCGCGCCGUCCCGUUUCCAACGACAACUCGACUCCGCGACUACUGGGAUCGGCCGUAUCUGA